AUGGCUCGCAUUAUACUUGGCAUUCAAUUUGGUGUCAUGGACACCAAGGUUUCAUGGCUUAUGGAUGAAAAUGGUACGAUAAAGAAUGAGCUGGCCCAAAUCAAACAUUGGCCCGUUGCCUACGGCGGACAAACCAAUCGCACCCGUUCCAUGGUCCCGUCAAGGAUCUUUUACAACCUCGAUGGAAAUGCCACUUGGGGCUACAACAUCCCCCAAGGCGCCCAAGCAAUCGAGCACUUGCCGUUACUCCUCGUUGAUCGUCAUUGCACCCCUCCAGAUCGCGAGUACCUUUCAUUUUACGACAACGGAAGACGUGUCUGUAACACACACGACAAGAAGCCUCAUCAAGCUGUGUGUGACUUCUUAGGCUGUGUCUACAAGCAUUCUUGCGACCAGCUGGAGGUCAUCUUCACCCCUGACGAAUUGGCGAAAAUUCCAAUUCAUGUGGUCGUCACCACUCAAGGUGGUUGGAAUACUCGUGUUGGCCUCAUGUUAUGUGAGAUUCUAGCAGCCAGCAAAAUUUCUGAGAACCGACAGGCUGGGAAAACAACUUUCUCGGUUAUUCCAGAGAUGUGUGCUAUUGCCCUAGGAACUUUCCGUGGCCUCUCACGUCUGGGUACCCUGAAUAGAAAUGACCUAUUCACCAUUUUGUCAGUUGAUGCCGCAACGACAAAUAUCAUUACCUACCAGCUGGCAGAUUCGCCGAAUCCCGGAAUGGGCCUGCACAUCCUAGCAGAUAAAAUCGAAUUCUCCGGACCUUCGAUCCUCCGUGAUCGCUUCAAAGCCCUUGUGAAGAAGAAGGUUGGCGAGAAGAGAUUCUCUUCCAUAUCUGCUCAGGGCCACGAUGAGCUGAUGUCAGCUUGGAGCAAAAAUAUGCGAACACCUGAGCUCAAUGGCCCUGAUGCUACCUGGGUUGUACGAAUCGAGACCACUCCUCGAGCAUGCAACAAAACCAUUACACAGGGCGAGUUGCAAGAUAUUUACAACUCAAUCAUCCCCCAGCUUGAAUCUCUUAUAACCUCUCACGUCGAAGAGGUCCGCGGCCGUACCAACACUCAUUUGAAGUGCUUAGUAGUAGCAGGAGAGUUCUUCACCAAAGACUCCAUCAUGGCAGCUGUCGCCAAUGCAUGGAAAGGCAUGGGUACUAACGUCACUAACGUGAUCCUCAAGGCUGGUACAUAUCCUCCGACCAGCGAGAACACUCCUACUUGGCUUGGAGUUUCCAGAUGUGCAGCGCUCUCUGGGAUUGUCCAAAAUCAGCUAGGCCAUCCGGCGAUCUUUCCACCCCCGAACCAACGUCCUAUCUAUAUGUAUCCCGCGUAA